UGCCGCCGGAGAGUGUGCAGAUCGUGAGCUCGGCUGGUGACGUCUCCGAUACGGUGGUUGGAGCCUUCGAGGAGGGUCAGCCACUGAAGCUCACAUGCCGGGUCAAAGGAGGCUUUCCUCGUCCGCGCGUGGUGUGGAAAUCCAGCCAGGCGACCCUCCCCAGUUCAUCUCGCGUGGAGGGAGAUGACGUCAUCAGUGAGUUCACCAUUGCUGCCCUGAGCCGGAGUGACCUGCACCGGAUGCUGACCUGCCUAGCGACCAACACCAACCUGACCGCCCCGGCUACCAACUCCGUCAUGAUUGACAUGAACUAAAAUCUCGCACAAGGGCAACGUCACGAUGGCAACGCUGUCGCUGACGCCGACGCCGGAGGACGACCGGCGAACGCUGCUCUGCCGCUGCCAGAACCCCAAGAUGGCCGCCCAGCCGUUGGAGCACUCGACGGAGCUCGUCGUUCACUAUCUCCCUCGGGUGACGAUAACCCUGGCCAAGCUCCUGGACCCGGACAAGAUUAAGGAGGGUGAUGACGUCUACUUUGAGUGCAGCAUCCGAGCAAAUCCCCCAGUCUACAAAAAGGAGUGGCGUCACAACAGCCGGCAGCUGGAGCACAACGCCGCCGCCGGCAUCAUCGUCAGCAACUUCAGUCUGGCCCUGCAGGACGUGCAGCGGUCCGACUCAGGCGUCUACAUGUGCGUCGGCUUCAACGUCGAGGGCGAUGGCGAGAGCAACCCCAUCUUCCUGGACGUUAAGUUUGCGCCCGUCUGCCGUCCGGGCCUGCAGCGAAUCUACGGCGUGGCCAAGCGCGAGCAGGCGCGCGUCGUCUGCGCGGUGGAGGCGAACCCGGCGCACUCCCGCUUCCGCUGGACGUUCAACAACACCUCGGAGACGACGCCACUGGACGGCGCGCUCUUCAACAGCAGUGACGAGCGCAGUGUGCUCGGCUAUCGGCCGCGCUCCGAGAUGGACUACGGCACGCUCUUCUGCUGGGCCUCCAACGAGAUCGGACGCAUGGCCAGCCCCUGCGUCUUCCACAUUAUCGCCGCCGGGCCGCCGGACCCCCUGUACAACUGCAGCAUUCACAACCAGACCAGCAGCGGCCUGCUGGCGCGCUGCCUGCCCGGGUUCGACGGCGGGGUGCUGCAGACUUUUCUGCUCAACGUGUACUCGGACGUCGGAAGCAGGCUGGUCUUCUCCCGCACCUCGGACUCGCCGCUGUGGUGGGUGGACGGCCUGGCUCCCGGACGCCGGUUCCGCCUGCAGGCCAUCGCCCAGAACGCCAAGGGCCGCAGCGCGGCCGUGGUGCUGGACGGCUCCACCCUGAUCGCACCCCAACCGCAGCAGGAGACCACGCAAGACUUCACCAUCGCCGAGAUGCAGCCGGAGCCGACGCCCGUGUCGCCGCUGCUGGCCGUGCUGGUCGGCGUGCUGGGCUCGCUGGCGCUUCUUGCGCUGGUCGCGACGCUCGCCUGCCUGGCCUGCCGGCGGCGUCAACGACAGCGGCCACCGGCUGCCAAACAGCUGGCCACCGAGCUGGCAUCGACAUCCGAUGGAGAUGAGGACAAGGGCCCCGACGUAGUGCUCGAGGCGGAAAACGAGACGUCGUACGAGGUAUACCAGAUUCCGCGCAACACGCCAGCGCUAGCCUCUGCCGAGGACCGGGCCGCCGUGGCCGGCUUCUGCGCCAACCGGAACGGUGACAUCCCGCUGCGGACGCUGAACCACAUCGUGCCGCUCAGGGCCACGGAGGAGUCGCUGCCGUCGGAGCCGCCGCCGCCGCCGCGCCAGCCUGCGCCGGCCGUCUACGCCACAGUGGACCGACGGCACGCCCGCGGCGCUGUCUCCCGGUUGCGGUCCUCCGACACGCGCACGCCCCUGAUGGCUGCCAGCGACGGCCAGAGCUCGUUGUGA